AGGCUCUUAUUAACUAGUAGAGUUGGUGAGCGGCUUUUAGAGAGUUGGAGUCAAAAUUGGGCUGCUAAAUUUAUGGACACAGACCGAUAGGCGAUACUAGUCCAAGUCUCGAGACGAGUGACACCGACAGCUUCAGGCCAAACAGCAACAAGUGUCCUAGUGCUGCCUAGUAUAUACACAAAUAGAUUAUUUUUAAGAAGUUAUGUCAGCUUCCCGUAUGGUGUUCCUUUUCUACUCUUGCAUUUGAUGUUGAAAAACGUUUAAACUGGAUACAAGGAGGGAGAUUCGUUAUUCGGAAAUAAUGGAAAACGACAUGGAUCCUAGUGAACGCCUUGAUUACUUAGAAAAGAGACUUGACGACCAAAAUAAUGAAAUCGUUUGUCUGCGUUCCACUUUAGCCGAUGCCUUGCGCCGCCUUAGUGCUAUAGAAUCCCAAAGGGGUAUUAGUCCUGUUAAAGAGUCUGCUCGAUCAGUUCAAAGCGCAAGUUUGUUGGCCGACUGCAAUAACUCGCCCAGUUCAUCUCAGCCAUCACGCGACGUGUCUCGACGCCUUGUGUCAUCUGCUAGUACACCUAACGUUCAAAACCGGAAUUCCGGCAUGAAUCAGUCAAACGGUUCUUUAGUGUCAGAAUCCCCGAGCUCCAAUAGCGGAUCACCUGCUCCAUCACCGUCGCCGACGUCCCGACAACAGCACGUUCAAUUUAAUAGUUUGAUUUCCGAAGUUGGCAAUGGUCGAAAUAAAACGUCCAGUUUCUCAAUGAAGCCAUCAUUCAUGUCGACCCCAAAUAGCCUGCGAACCGCUAAACGUUGGAGUUCAACCAGCGAUUUCAUCCCUUCAAACGCUUUAGUAUCAAGCAGAAGACCAGAUUCAAAUUCGCUGCUUAACCUGAACGUGAAAAAUCCGGUUGGAAACAUGCAAAAAUACGGAGCUCGUGAUGCAUUUUAUAGUAGCGAUGAAGGAAUCGUCAAGUUCGUCUUCAAAGGUCGAAACUUGAAUUUUUACAUCCCGACUUCGUUACGGGAAAAAUAUUCAGUGACGUUCAGUUUAUCUGUUCCGGAAAAAAAGCUAAAAAUGGAAUGGGUUUAUGGAUAUCGAGGCAAGGAUUGUCGCUCAAAUUUGUAUCUCAUUCCAACCGGUGAAAUAGUUUAUUUCAUUGCCGCCGUUGUUGUACUUUUCAACGUCGACGAGCAUGGACAGCGGUUUUAUCUUGGACACACCGGUGAAAUUAAAUGCUUGACUGUUCAUCCCAACAAACUUUUAAUUGCAUCUGGUCAGUCCGGUGGUAGAGAAUACCAUGAAGGCUUCCCUCACGUUCGCAUUUGGAAUUCUGUCAGCCUUCAAACUCUUUUCGUCCUUGGUCAAGGAGACUUUGGAAAGUCUGUUUCUUCUGUCGCCUUCUCAAAAGCGGACGGCGGAAACCUUUUGAUGGUUAUUGACGAUUCUACCGAUCACAUUCUUUCCUUGUGGGAGUGGCAAAAGGGCGAAAGAGGAGUAAAAAUAGCGGAAACAAGGUGUUCAUCCGAUUUGGUGGUCGCUGUUGAAUGGAAUCCUAUUCCUAGAGAACGUUUUGCGUUUGUUACCAGUGGAAAAGGACACAUAUGUUUUUGGUCUCUUGAAAACGGGUUGUUAUCUCGUAAACUUGGAAUUUUUGAAUCUCGCGACAAGCCAAAAUACGUCACUUGCCUGGCCUUCGCCGAUAACGGAGACUGUAUUUCUGGUGACUCCAAUGGUUGUCUUAUCAUUUGGUUAAAGGGUUCAAAUAUUGUUCAAAAAACGCUUCGCAACGCUCACGAGGGGCCAAUUUUCUGUUUGCUUACACUGAAAGACGGACGAAUAGUCUCGGGAGGCGGCAAAGACGGGCAGCUCGUCCUUUGGGAUUUCCCUUCGUAUCGUAGAACUGGAUACAUAACCGAGAUUCCUGAGAAAUACGGAAAUGUGCGCAUUGCAGUUCAAGGAAAAGGAACUCAGAUUUUAGUCGGGACUACGCGCAAUGCGAUACUGAGAGGCAGCUUCGACUUACCUUUUAAACCUUUGAUGAUUGGUCACACUGAAGAAUCAACGGGCUUAUGCGUUCAUCCCAGUCAAUCGCAAUUUGUGUCUUAUGGCUACGACGGGCGCAUCCAACUCUGGGACACGAUGAGUCGGACACUCAUCUGGGAAAAGGACAUUGAAAAUGCAGUCACGUCGGCGUGUUUCUCUCCGGAAGGAUCGGUGCUGGUUUUAGCUACCACAAGUGGGAAAUGGUUUGUCAUGGAUUCGGAGACUCGGGACAUGUACGCCCAACACACUGAUGGCAAUGAACCUAUUCAAGUGGUCAAGUUCUCUCCAAACGGUAAAAGCCUGGCUAUUGGCUCCAAAGAUGCAUCAGUCUACAUAUACCAAGUCCUGGACAGAUACCGCAAAUAUUGUAGAACGGGGAGAUGUGUGGGUCACUCGAGCUUUAUCAGUCAAAUGGAUUGGUCCUGUGAUAACGUGCACCUUCAGACGAAUUCUGGAGAUAACGAAUUGUUCUAUUGGAAUACUGGAGUGUGUCGUCAAAUAACCCUCGUUCCUAGUAUACGAGACGUGGAAUGGAAUUCCGUUACCUGCCCAGUUAGCCCCACUUCUCUAGGAAUAUUGUCGGAAGGAAUUGACGGCGCUGACGUUUAUUCGUGCUGUGCAUCUAACUCCAGGCAACUUAUGUGUGCAGGAGACAAUAAAGGACGUCUUAAGCUAUACAGAUAUCCUUCCCAACCCAAAUCGCCUUGCCAUUCUUACCAGGGGCAUAGUAACAUCUCGAACGUUUGUUUUCUAUCUGACGAUACAAGAGUAUUGUCGGCCGGUGGUCGCGAUUCGUCAGUAAUCCAGUGGACAGUAGAAAAUUGACAAAUACCAUCCCUUUUCAUGCG